CACAUGUAAGAGUAGGACAGUAGACAGAGAGGUUUUCCGGGGAAAAAAAUUUCCGCCAAAAAUGUCCGAUCCAGGAGAAGAAAAACACCGGCAGACUUUCUCUGCAAAGUCAAAGGAUCAAACUGAUCUAUCACCAACAGACUCAUUGCUGAUGAUGGAUAUCGAUGUCGACGGUUCUUGGACCUUUGAUCAGUUAUUUUCUUUAAAUCCUACUUCGCCGUGCCUUAUCCCCAACUCCGACCAGCCUUGUUCUCCUCUGUGGGAUUUUUCCGACGAUAACGAUGGCAAAACCGUUGGUAAUAUUGAUGCUGUGACUGAAAACCCAUAUGGGAUUGAUGAUAAAAGAAGGCCGCCCCUUGAAUUGAUGCCCCUAGAUUAUCCCGAUGGGUCUUGUGUCAUUAAGGAAAAGAUGAUUCAAGCACUUCGGUACUUCAAAGAUUCGACCAACCAACAUGUUCUAGCGCAAGUUUGGGCACCUGUGAAGAAUGAUGGUCAGUAUGUACUCACAACUUUAGGGCAACCCUUUGUUCUUGACUCGGAUAGUAAUGGGCUUCAUCAGUAUAGAAUGACCUCUCUAAUGUAUAUGUUUUCUGUUGAUGGCGAGAGUGACGGGGUCCUUGGGCUACCUGGCCGAGUUUUCAGGCAAAAGUUGCCAGAAUGGACUCCAAAUGUGCAGUAUUACUCCAGCAAAGAGUAUCCACGGCUUAGUCAUGCUCUGCAUUACAAUGUCCGUGGAACUUUAGCUUUGCCAGUGUUCGAACAUUCUGGGCAGUCUUGUGUUUGCGUCCUUGAGCUCAUAAUGAUGUCACCGAAGUUAAACUAUGCUCCUGAUGUUGAUAAAGUCUGCAAAGCACUUGAGGCAGUAGAUUUGAGAAGUUCGGAGAUAUUGGAUAAUCCAAAGAUUCCAAACAUACAGAUUUGCAAUGAAGGUCGCCAAAAUGCACUUGCUGAAAUUCUGGAGAUCUUGACAGUGGUGUGUGAAACUCACAAAUUUCCUCUGGCUCAGACAUGGGUUCCAUGCUGGCAUCGCAGUGUUCUGGCCAAUGGUGGUGGUCUAAAGAAGAUUUGCCGUAGCUUUGAUGGAAGCUGUAUGGGACAAGUCUGCAUGUCUACCAGUGAUGCAGUGUUCUAUGUUGUGGACGCUCACAUGUGGGGUUUCCGGGAGGCCUGUGCUGAACACCACUUGCAAAAGGGGCAGGGUGUUACUGGUAGAGCAUUUGAAUCCCGCAACUUGUGCUUUUGCAGAGAUGUUACACAGUUUUGCAAAACUGAGUACCCCUUGGUACAUUAUGCUCGCAUGUUUGGGUUAACCAGCUGUUUCGCAGUAUGUUUACGAAGUACUUACACUGGAGAUGAUUAUUACAUUUUAGAGUUCUUUCUACCGCCUGAAAUCACAGAUAGUACUGACCAACAGACCUUGUUGAACUCGUUGUUCGCUACAAUGAAGCAACAUUUAGGGAGUCUUCAGGUUGCUUCUGGGAAAGAACUUGAAGAUGUGGAGCAAUAUGUUGAAAUCAUUAUAGCAUCUAUGGAUGAGAAACCUGAUCCAAGACAAUGUGUCCAGAUACCCCAUACAAUUUCUCCACCCUGGCCAGAUGCCUUAUCAAUUAGAGGAGAGAUGGUGCAGGUCAAGUCAUUGGGGCAGGAGUCGGUGGUUGAAUUUAAUACCAUAAUCAGUGGAGGCGAUGUUGGUGGUGCAGUUGGAAUCCAAAAUACUGUUUCCUUCUCAGGAAAUAAAGAUUCGAGCAAGAAGGCAGAGAGAAAACGUGGAAAACCCGAAAAAGUUAUUAGCUUGGAGGUUCUGCAACAAUAUUUUGCUGGGAGUCUUAAAAAUGCUGCAAAGAACCUUGGUGUUUGCCCUACUACCAUGAAACGCAUAUGUAGGCAGCAUGGGAUCAAUCGUUGGCCAUCUCGCAAGAUCAACAAGGUUAACCGUUCCCUUUCCAAGCUAAAACGUGUAAUUGAAUCUGUACAAUGUGCUGAAGGAGCAUUCACUUUAAAUUCUCUGGCUACAAGUUCACUUCCUCUUGCUGUUGGUUCCAUUUCUUUGCCUUCUGCUCCGAACGGAUGCAAUCAACAAAGCUCACCAGGAUCCAAACCAUAUGAACUUCCAGGUGAAAAGAAUGAAGGGCCCACUUGUAAGACACCAGGAAGCGAUGGUCAGGCCGAGAUAGAAUAUGAUAUGCUUGAAGGCAGGGUGUUGGGUAAUGAGAAACCUAUUAGUGUCCAAACUCGGUUUCUCCCGGAGUUAGGUGAUGGCUCAAACCGGCCCAAAACAGGGAGUGGCUUAAGAGAAGAAAGCACUGAGAACCCAACUUCCCAUGGUUCAUGUGAAGGUAGCCCCUACCUCGGAAAUGAAUCCUUGCCCCAAAAUGAUUGGGUUGUUUCUCCUAUCCAUAAGCAAGGCAGAAAAGCUGGUGAUUUGUUGGAAUCGGCAUGUCAACCGAGAGGAGAAAUAAAUCUAUUGGCUGCAUUCUCAACCCCUGAUGUUUUUGUCACAACACAGCCCCACGAACCGUUUGGAGGAAUGCUAAUCGAGGAUGCAGGAAGCUCACAUGAUUUGAAAAAUCUCUGUCCAGCAGGCGAGGUGCUAUUUGAUGAACAGGUCCCAGAACACAAUCAGACAAACCCGCCAUGUCCUGAUGUGGUUCCAGAAGAAUCCAUGGCUACUCCUACUGUCCGAAUGCCACAGUUUUCAGCGAGGCCAGAAGUGAAGACCAUAAGCAUAAAAGCAACUUAUAGAGAAGAUAUCAUAAGGUUUCGGCUAUAUUCAAAGACCUGCAUUGUUAACUUGAAGGAGGAAGUGGCUAAAAGGCUGAAGUUAGAGACGGGUACGUUCGAGGUCAAGUAUCUGGAUGAUGAUCACGAGUUGGUUUUGAUAGCCUGUGAUGCGGAUUUUGAGGAAUGCGUAGAUAUUUCAAGAUCAUCAGGUAGCAAUAUUGUCAGACUGGUGAUUCAUGACGUAAUGGCCAAUAUUGGGAGCUCCUGUGGUAGCUCAGGUGAAUAAGGACCGACUCGACUAGCUUGUAUAUGGAUAGCUCAUAGCUCUGCAUUUCAUUGCCAUUUUAAUUUCCAGUGUAUAGUGCAGAUUAUGAAUGCCAGUGGUGCUGUUAUGUGCAAUAACAUAAUUUAUUUUUGACUUUAGGUCUUAUUGUAAGCGAAAUAAGAAUGGUACAUUUUUUUUUCUUUGUG